AUGCAACCGUCUCUGCGGGGAGCCUCCCCCCGAGGGGCCAGAGCCACUCGUGGGGGUCAGGUGAAUGAAGACUCGAGGUCGUCUGCUUCCGCUUCUGCAAGUGCCUCAUCACAUUCUGUUCCUUCCACGAAUACACAGCAAGGGAGAAGAGAAGAGGAGUUAAAGAAUCGACCAGUUUCUCGUGGGCGGGUGUUGCUCGCAAUUCUGCGAAAUCCGGAGAACAGCCCUGUUCUCACCAAGUUUUUCAUCUUUGCAAUCUUGAUGGCAGUUCUUCCGAUAUGCACGGUUCUUCUUCUUCCUCGACUUGUUUUCACCAUUUUAAAAAACCUGCAACUACAAUCCGAUGAAGAUGGGCUGGAAGACACCGCCAAGAUGUGUGGAAACAUCGCCGCUGUCCUGCUGGUUAAUGUCGUUAUGCUCAGCUAUGCGUUUCUUGCCUAUCGUGAAGAAAAGAGAGACUGGGAAGAAGUCUGUAGAGCGCAGACGUCCGAGGACGCUGCAGAGCAGAAAGAUCCCGAGGCCACUAUCACAAAGAAGACCAAGUAA